AUGCAAUGGAAGACGUACUUGGCACAGCCUUCGACUCGUCGUGACCGUCGUCUCGUGCCAGACGGUUAUCUAAGUUGGGAAGAAUAUCAGACCGGCGUUUGUCUUCUUUCGGAUUCGCGCCAUCGUCUUCCUCUUUUCUUCCACUUGUUAAAGACGAUUGGCUCUGGGAUCGAAAAAUGGAAACAAGGGCACGCACACCAAUCAAGCGUCACGUUUCGCCUGGUGACAACGGAGUUUGAUAGAUGCGAAGGUAUUCUUGGCGAAGUGCUGCGCAAGGUAUCUACAGUGUACGUUUGGAGCAUGCUUACGAGGUUCAUCCAAACCGCUAUCCAGACCGUAAGAUGUGGUGCAAACAGAGCAUACGCUUGGCUUAUCGCGGACUACGCCAAGAAAGCAAACGUCUACUCGACGGCGUAUAUGUACUAUUGCCACCCGCACGGUCAUCAUCUUGCGAAUGGUGCUUAUAAAGAAGUCUUCAAGGUGUUUUCGUCACAAAAGUGUCGGCUAGAGGCUAUCAGUGUGAUGGAUAUUAGCGCAAUUGAAGCUGCCGGUAAACUGAGUGUCGUUUGUCAAGAGGUGGCCCACUCGCUUCUCAACUUCUUUCUGAAGGACAUUGGUCGCGCUGAUCUCCGCAAGGACCCAGGAUCUAAUAUCGUAUUGCAUUAUUUGCUGGAAGAUGUUUGCUUUGUUUUUCAAAUGCCCGCCUCCUUUUCGUACUGGGUAAAAUUGGCUGAUUUUGGGGCGGCUGACUCAAACCCGGAAAACUUGGGAAGUCCAGUCACAAUUGAUCAGUUCACUACCCUAGAAAAUACACCGGUCGAGUUCUUGCUAGAAGGUGACGCAGCCAAGCAGUCCUAUGCAGCAGACACAUUCUUGUUUGGGCCCCUGCGUGCUACACUUGUUUACUGGAUGAACUUCUUGAAUGACCUCAAGUUCAUUUGGAUGAGCCCACGGAAGAAUUCAGGAUUUUCUGUGAUUAAAAGCGUGGCGCGCGGUGAUGAUGAAAAUACGCUCUGCCACAGUCUCUAUCGAUUUGUUGUGCUCUUUGGGCUACCGAUGCAAAACCCAAACGAAAGAAAUGGAAUUGACAAGGUAUGGCAACUGUUGCUGAAACAUUUACGACCAGAUGAUCCAGCGCUUAGUCAUCCCCAGCGACGACCCAGACGAACGAGAGGCGCGGGUGUGGCUGAACGACACGCUAAAUCGACGAAGAGUCAAUUUGACUAUGAUCAGUCGUUGUACUCUGUUGCCAGAGGUUCCAAUAAUGUUAUUCGUCGAUGCCGCGAAGGACUGCAGACGAUUCCGGGAGCAAUGGACUUACUGAAUAGGAUGGUGGAUUUCGAUCCUGCAAAGCGUCCCACACUCAAGCAAGUGAUGUAUCACCCAAUAUUUUCCAGUUUUCGGGUGUCGCCUUCCAAGGAAAAAAGAAACGCCACCAGACUAUGUUGUUAG